GGGGUUGUCAUCCCACAGACUAGGAAGCGGAGACUUCUUUUCAACUCUUCUGCUCAACCAAAGUGGAAUUCUCAGGCGGUGUGAGAAGAAAUUUCAGCGAGACUGCGCACAAUAAUUACUACUUUUAAUACGCGCAAGCAUCGUACAAAUCAGACUUUGAACAUUUUUCGGUCGUGUACGCAAUACAAUGGCAGAUGCCAUCGACGGAGGCCAUCUCGGCGAGACGGAGCAUCAAGGACCGCUAGCAGCUACCAGCAAUUCAGACCAUGCAGCGUUUUCGCCCGGCAGCGCUGACCCAAACGUUGUCAUUGCUCAAGAGUUCCAGUACUUGGUGGAAAAGUCGCAACAGCUCUUUGCCGGUCUUAGGGAUGUCCCACCCACUGGCCGAAAUUGGCAGCCAUACUUUCAGCGUACCUUUGAGGUAUACCAAAAGCUAUGGAAAUUCCAACAAAUGCACAGAUCCAUUCUUGAAAACAAGGAAUAUUACGGACUCAAGAGAUGGGAAAUUGGUGAAGUGGCGUCGAAGAUUGGCCAGCUUUACUAUCACUACUAUCUUCGCACGAGCGAAACCAAUUACCUACAUGAGUCAUGUGUUUUCUAUGAGGCCGUGCGCAAUCGACAAUAUUUUAAGGACGUACUGGAGGCGAAUAAUCCUGCGCUGGUUAUUAAAAAGUUGCGAUAUUACGCCCGGUUCAUUGUCGUGUGCUUGUUCCUCAACCGAUAUGAUAUGAUACGAAAGCUAAUGGAAGAGCUCACUGCGCUCGUUGAUGAGUACACAAAAACUUUCAAUCCAAAUGACUCGGAGUGGAAUGUGGUGUUGUCAGAGAUAUCGACAUUCUUAGAGGCUCAGAAGAAAACCACACCCGUUGAUCUUGACGGCAACGCGUUGAUUGCGCCAAGCCGGUUGCAAGUGGAAAGGACGCCCAAGUACGACAAGGACGGAUCAACGCGGUUACGAUUGCAAGAAGCGAUCCUUGUGGGAAAUUAUCAAAAUCAGAUCAAAUUUUCAGAGUUGACCCUUGAUAUGUACAGGCUGUUACAGUCAUUGGAGCGUGAACCGACACUGCUGGCAAGCAGUGGCAGGAGAGGUGGUCCUAGUGACGAUGCGGCUGCAGGGGACAAGAAAGAAGAGGCCCAUAAUGAUGAAGCAAUGAAGCCUCCGGGUGUUUCUGGUGGUAAUGCUGUUGGUGGAGACAAUGCGGCUACACGCAGAACCAAUCCCCACAAGUAUCUAUUAUAUCGACCGACAUUUGCCCAGUUGAUGUAUUAUAUUGCAACCACCUUCAAGGACAUCUCGGAUAAUUCAGCGUUGCUGCUAUAUCUUUCUGCCGACGGAUCAAAGCGGGCAGUGAAAUCCGACCAGGGCGAUUCUGUUUUGUCAUCUGGCUAUUCUGGCGGGGUGGCUACGGCGGUGAAUGUCAAAUACGCACGCAAAUCUCCAGAGAAGGCAGAAGCUGAACAAACUCCCCUUAUUCACUGCCUGCAUCCCAACGACUUGAUUCCAUUUACGCGCAAACCAAUGUUCGUCAUUGUUGAUAGUACCAAUAGUAUCGCCUUUAAGGAAUUCCCCAAGGUCUUUGGUCAGCUGUUGGUCUUUCUUAUGAGUCCGACCGAGUAUCCAGCAUCCAUCAAAGAUAAUACGCAAAUAGGCAGUCUCUUCACCCUCUUCCUUCACGCCCCAGUAAAAGCAUUUGCGUUCAUCUCGGAUUUGACAGAAAUCGCAAAGGAUGUUUGGGAGAAGUGCAUAGCUCAAAUUUCAACCGUCGAGACCAUUAUCGGCGACUUAUUUGACAAGGAGCCUGCUCUAGAUAAUACAUAUAAACGCUUUCUUCAAGACGACUUUUUGCGACAGUUCUUGAUACGAUAUGUCUUGUGUGAUGCAUUGCUUCAUGCACAUAACAGCUUCAAGGAUCCUCAGCAUUUCCCAUCGUGUUUCCCGGCGCUUGUACCCACGAUCGCGACAGCACCUGAACUUACCAGCAAGCUUCAAGAGUUGACAGUGAUGGCUGGUGUAGCUAAUUUGUACACAAUUGCGGCGCCGACUGAUGCUCCACCGUGAUGUGGAAUGGUUGGCUUAUAUAGAUCUUUAGUUUGCGAUGAGUAUUCCAAAGUGCUCUUUUGUGUUUUGUUUUUCUGAAAACGUGACGAAGUGGUGCGAUCAGCGAAUACACAAUCUUGUUUUUUUGUUGUAAUUUAAUGGUUGUCUGAAGUGUUAU